AUGGCAGCGGCGCGAGGCGAGGGGUGGCUCGUCGACGACCUGCGGGACUUCCUGGACGACUUCACCUUCAGGGCCAAGCGACUGGCCGCGCCGCUGCUGCACAAGUUCGGGCCCUCCUCCGAGCCGGGCGCGGUCGACGACGCCGAGCUCGACAAGCUCAGGUCCAGGCUCCGGCGCAUCCGCGCCACGCUCCGGGCCGCCGAGGACCGGGUGGUGGCUGACGAAUUCGUCGCACUCGGGCUCCGGGAGCUCCGGGACCUGGAGCACGCGGCCGAGGACGUGCUCGAGGAACUCGAGUUCGAGGCGCUCCGCGCGGCUCGCCUCGAGGAGUUCAAGGCCCAUCUGCUCCGCACCAGCGCCAGCGCCGGCGGCAAGCGGAAGCGCGAGCUCAUCCUGAUGUACUCCUCCUCCCCCGACCGCCUCAGCCGCAAGAUCGCCAAGAUCAUGGAGCGGUACAACGAGAUCGCGAGGGAUAGGGAAGCGCUCCGGCUGAGGAGCGGCGAUGGGGAGAGGCGGCACGAGGUCAGCCCCAUGACGCCCACUAGCGGCUUGAUGAAAUGCCGGCUUCACGGAAGGGAGCGGGACAGGAGGCAGGUCGUUGAGCUGCUGUUAUCUGGCGAAGCUAAUUGCUAUGAUGUCUAUUCUGUUGUUCCUAUCGUUGGGCCGGCCGGUGUUGGCAAGACUAGUUUAGCACAGCACAUCUACAAUGACGAAGCCAUCAGCUCAAACUUUGACAUUAAGAUGUGGGUAUGGGUGUGCCAAGAGUUCAAUGUCUUGGAGCUUACAAGGAAACUCACCGAAGAGGCCACGGAGUCCCCUUGUGACUUCGCCGACAUGAACCAGAUGCAUCGUGCCAUCACUAAUCAGCUGAAUGGGAAGCGGUUCUUGCUUGUUCUUGAUGAUGUGCCUCUGAAAUGUGCUGCUCCUGGGAGCAAAAUUAUAGUGACCACUAGAAGCACUAAAGUUGCCAAGAUGAUGGCUUUGAAGAUACACCAAUUGGGGUACCUGUCUGAUACCAGCUGCUGGUCUGUCUGCCAAGAUGCUGCCUUGCGAGGCCGUGAUCCCAGUAUUAUCGAUGACAGCCUUAUCCCCAUUGGUAAAUUGGUUGCAGCAAGGUGCAAAGGCUUGCCGAUGGCUGCAAAUGCAGUUGGUCAUGUUUUAUCCAGUGCAAUUGAUAGGAAUCAUUGGGAGGCUAUUGAGCAGAGCGAUUUUUGGAACAGUGAAGUGGUUGGGCAUACCUUCCUGCUCUUCUUAAAAGACAAGCUCCGUCUAUGGUUGGCGCAAGGCUUUAUUGAAGCAGACAAAGAACGUCAUGCUGAAGAUGUUGCGUGCAAGUAUUUUGAUGACCUUGUGGAGAAUUUCUUUCUUCUGAGAUCACCAUACAAUGAUGAGAGGUUUGUCAUGCAUGACCUCUAUCAUGAGCUUGCUGAAUAUGUAUCAGCCAAAGAAUAUUCCAGGAUAGAGAAAUCUACAUUCAGCAAUGUAGAAGAAGAUGCUAGACACUUAUCCUUAGCUCCAAGUGAGGACCACUCGAAUGAAAUUGUGCAAUUCUAUGCACUCCAUAACCAAUAUCUGAAAGAAUCUCUUACCCCUGGCCUGCGAACAUUAUUGAUUGUUCAAAAGGAUGAUUUCAAGAGUGAAGGAAAUACUUUGUACAUAAACUUCCCAAGUGGCCUGUUCAGGCUUCUUGGGUCUUUGAGGGCUCUCGACUUGAGUAAUACCAACAUAGAGCACCUGCCACACUCUGUUGGUGAAUUGAUACACCUUAGGUACCUCAGUCUUGAAAAUACCAAAAUCAAAUGCCUACCAGAGUCAAUAAGCGCACUCUUCAAGUUGCAUUCGUUGAGUCUCAAAUGCUGCAAUAGCCUUGGUGAAUUACCUCAGGGGAUCAAAUUCCUUACUAAUCUAAGGCAUCUGGAACUGCCAUCCAUGGAUAACUGGAAUAUGUGCAUGCCAUGUGAGAUUGGUGAAUUAACAAACCUACAGACAAUGCAUGUGAUCAAGGUCGGAAGUGAUUCAGGCAGCUGUGGGAUUGCUGACUUGGUUAACUUGAAUAAGCUUAAGGGAGAGCUAUGCAUCUCAGGAAUAGAAAAUAUCACAAGUGCACAAAUUACUCCUGAAGCUAGCAUGAAGAACAAAGUUGAAUUGCGCAAAUUGAUUCUCCACUGGUCUUGCGUCGACUCCAUGUUUUCUGAUGAUGCAUCCUCUGUUUUGGAUAGUCUUCAACCUCACUCUGAUCUAGAGGAAUUGACUAUCACGGGCUUUUGUGGUGUCAGAUUUCCUUUAUGGCUGGGGAAUGAGUAUAUGUUUAGCUUGUCCAUUUUAGAACUAAAAGAUUGCCUGAACUGUAAAGAACUGCCCUCUCUUGGUCGAUCCAGCACCAGCAGAGCCUUUCCUACAUUGGAGACACUGAAGUUCAUGAACAUGGAUUCCUGGGAGCUAUGGGAUGAGAUUGAGGCCACAGACUUCCAUUGUCUUCAGCAUCUCACCAUCAUGAGAUGUAGCAAACUGAACCGGCUGCCCAAGCCCCAUGCACUGCAAAAUCUCCGUAUAAAGAAUUGUGAGACCUGUAAAGAUGUAUCAUUCCAUGCUGGACAACCUGAAGACAUUGAGCUUUUAUCCUGUAAACCAGUUUGGGUUCAAAUGGAUCAGCCAGAAGAGAUUGAGCUUAUUUGCAUAGACUGA